GUCCCUGGUACGUGACCACAAUCUCAUUCAAAAUCUAGGCCUUCCUGAUGAGUCUCACAGGCGCGCGCUUAAUUGCCUCGUGUACGGACCGAGGACCCACAAGGGUCACUGAAGCACGACAUUUCGCACUUUCCCACCAUCUAACACUAUCGGCUCAAUACCGUUUCGAUGACCGAGACGGCUCCUCUGUAUGCAUCCGGGCAGUUUGAUGCUGUCGAUCAAGAAGGAGAAUACUUGAAUGUCGGUGAUAUCAGUCUGCAUGAGACCGAUUAUAUGGAAACCUCUCUAACCAGCGAUGACGAAGACGAGGAUGACGAGAAUGAGAAUGAGAAUGAGGAAGAUGAAGAUGAAGACGUGGGAUUCCAGGCAGCCUUAGCGGCGUCUACGUUGGAGAUGGAGAACACUCGUAAACAAGAGGAGCUGGAACUUCAGCAAGCCAUUGAGGCGUCGAAUGAUGUAGAUCAGGAUGUGAAGUUGACGCUGGAUACUGAACGAGCGAUAGAGAUGUCUCUGGAACAAGAGAGAACCUUGGAAGAGAUGCGAAAAGCGCAAGAGGAGGACUUCCUUGGUCACUUUGCUGCAGAGUCAUCCUCGAUUCUGUCUUUCGAUCGGCCGAGCUACACCUCAUCGGUGUCAACCUUAUUGACUGGUGGUACUGGAUCGCAGUCACGACAUCAUCCAUUCCUUUCACCCCCUGCGUCUGUCAUUAGCAACCGCAACGCUAGCGUUUCUUCGGCUUCCAGGUACAAUUCUCGAGAAGCGAACAUCCCUGUGCCUAUAGGUAGUGAUUCGAGCGCUACGGUCACAGACAUUGACAUCAGCGCCUAUCCACCACCAAAUUUAUCUCCCACUGCUUCUACGAAUUGGGAGCUGAUGGCUGAGAAGGGUGAUCCAGUAUCUGUCUCUGUACCUGGUCAGACAUCCUCCUCCAGUCCAGCUACUUCCAAGCGCGAGAGGGAAUAUAAAAUUCCUCUACCGAAUUCUCUUCCGUCGAACAUUGGUCCUGACUCUCUUAACACAGAAGACGACGCUCCAUUCCCAGAAGUUCAGGAUGGGCACCCUACCCCGCCAAAGCCGCAGCACGAACGUUUAUUUUCAUCCUCGAGACUUUCAAACAAUACCGAUACAGGUUGUGGGAGGUACAGAUCCGAUAACUAUACCUGUGAAGCUAGAAGAUAAGCUUGGACAAGCUCCGUACCUGCAGCACAAAGCGACAUUUCCGCUCUCCUUCCCCGGACUCUUAUAUUUCUCCAUCCAGUCCUACAGCGACUUUGAAGGACGACGUCCCCUUCCCAGAGGUGGAGAAGAGUACGGCAAAAUCUCGUACCUCAUAUAAGCCGACCCAUGACUCGACAGCGUCGAAUAUCUCUGUUCAAAGUGCUUCUACAGAGCAGACAUCCGUACAUGGGG